GCAUGUGCAGUGCAUCAGUUGUAUCCAACAAUUACAACAAUAUGUUCUCCAAAAUCUUUACUUUGAGCGCUCUGCUCGCCAUCUCCGCGGCUGGGAUCAUUCCCGAACCCCACUACUCUCCAGCUGAAGCCGUUUCUUCUCAAAGCAUCGUGCGCCACGAUCAACCCCAAACCUACGCUACCAAAUACGUAGCCGCUGCACCCGUGGCCAAGGUUGCAGUCGCUGCCCCAGUCUACCACUCUGCUCCUGCAGUCGCCUACCACUCCGCCCCCGCCGUCGCCUACCACUCUGCUCCUGCCGUCGCCUACCACUCCGCCCCCGCCGUCGCUUACCACUCCGCCCCUGCCGUCGCCUACCAUGCCGCUCACGCUCCCGUCGCCUACCAAACAGCACCUCACUAUUCCUCCGCAAACGCUGUGUCGUCUCAAAGCAUCGUGAGCCACUCCGCCCCCGUUGCCAAAGUAGCCGUGGCCGCCCCCGUCGCUAAAUACGCCGUAGCUGCUCCAGUAGCAUACUCCGCACCUGUGCACUACGCUGCCCCAGUUGCCAAAGUAGUCGCUGCCGCCCACCACGAGGAAGAAUACUCUCACCCCAAAUACGACUUCUCCUACUCCGUGGCUGACGGACACACCGGCGACAACAAGUCCCAACACGAAAGCCGCGACGGUGAUGUUGUUCACGGUGAAUACUCUCUUCUGGAGGCUGAUGGCUCCGUCCGCAAAGUGCAGUACACCGCUGAUGAGCAUAAUGGUUUCAACGCUGUUGUGAGCCACUCCGCUCCCACUCAACACGCCGCCCCUGCUCCCGUUCUCGUCGCGCAUCAUUAAAGUCUAAUUGGACCACCAACAGUUAUUCUAGUAUGUAAGGCCCAAGACUCAUUGUAAAUAGUUCAUAUUUAUUUUGUAAAUAUACGAUGCAUGUUAUUGUA